AUGGAUGGCCCCAAACUAUCUGCAUUUCCUGCUGAAUUACUUCAACAGAUGCCAAAUACAAUUGGAAAGAACGGUCGAGUUCCUGCCCCUCCUGAUGAUCUCAUCAAGCCGACUAUUGAGUAUUUCGUGGCGAAUGGGUACAGUAACACUGAAAUCGUUUCUCGCCUACGCAAACACUAUGAUGCUGAUGCAUACAAUGCUUCGAUUGAUUGA